UUUUUAUUAGUGGUGCUUGUUCUUAACUUUACAGAUUCGUUGGGUCGUUGAGGCAGCCAAUGCAAGGAUAAAGCGAUGGAAGUACCUUGCUCAUGUUCUUCCAACCAAUCAAGUGCCGUUUAUUGGUGACUACGUGCGCAUCGUGUGUGCCCUCUCCAAUCGAUACUGCAAGCCUCUGUCAACAGGAAGUGAAGAUGACGAUAUGGCACUUGCAUGCAAAAUGAGGUAUUUAUCAACAAAAGUUAACUCUUUAAAGACAUUUGUUGAAGAAAACUGUCUAGAUAAGAAGUCUGUAAAGUGGGAAGUGGCUACCGAUUCUUUGGAAUUCCCCAACAUCAGCGAAGAUGAUAUUCGAAAUCUGACCUGUGGAGUUUAUCAACUUAAGUUGUGUCCAAGUUAUAUUCAGGAGUAUUUGGAGGGGGAUGUGGAUAUCUUGGUUCACAGUGAGUUCCAUGGGCUUAUCAGGGUCAAGCUACAGAGCCGUCAUGUUUCUUCCAGACAGUAUCUGCUCUGGAUCCAGUUUUCCGAGUCUGAGAUCACUGCAUGGUAUUGCAGAUGUCGAGCGGGUGCCCGUGUUGUGGGAGUAUGUUCCCAUGUUGCCGCCGUUAUCUGGUUUCUUGCUGUUGGGAGACACAACAGGGAGGCUAUUUCAUCUAUUCAAGACUGGUCCGAGUUUGUCACUGAUGCAGCUGUAAUUGACGAAUCUGAGGACAGUGAUGACAGUGAGGUAGAGGAGUAACUGAUCGAGUUCAUUUUUCUUCUUCUUGUGAUCAAUCAGACUCUGUUGGUAUC